AUGGGUCGAAAAGAACAAGCACGUUCAAACCAGACGAUUCAAGAAUAUUUCGACUUGAUGGCCCACAGAUAUCUCGAACUCUUGCAGAAUAUGCGCGUCAUGAGAUCUUUCAUUGACACUCUGAAAAGUGACUCGAAAGUGAUCGAAGCCGCGUACAAUGAUGUAAAACGACUUCCUGAAAACGAAAGACCAGUGGCAUAUCACCUAGAGCCCCGUACUUCACUGCUGGACAGCAUCCAGAAGCCAAAAGUGCGACCUUCUCAGGCUCGAAAGGAUCUUUUGCGUCAACUAGACUACGAUCGAGAGAUUACCCGACAUGAUGUUGCAUCAAAUUAUCAAAUUGGUCCGACUUUGUCUAAAGAUGAACAAGAAAGGUGCCUCCAUGCCAUCAAAUCAUUCACCUUCACUCAAUGGAUGCAAUCAGAGAGGUCUUCAGUACUUGUCAUAAACGGGAAUGGAACCGGGAGCGGCAGUCGAAGAUCAGGACUGAGCUUUCUCUGCGCUCGACUGAUAUAUAGCCUGGACCAGAUCAGGUUUGGUGGCAAGCCCACCUCGGGCAAUAUCACCAGGCCAGAGAUCGUGCCAAUUCACUUUUUCUGCGGCGAACACUUGCAUAACGAUACUUCCGAGUCCUGGGAAUCCCCUAGUGGAGUUGCGAACAGUCUACUGGUACAACUUGUGUCUCAGUGUCAAGACGUGGAUGUCUCUCGAUUGCCAUCUUCUCGGUAUCUCGACGUCAACGAUGCCAACGUCAAGGAUGGCUUAGGCCUCCUUCGACUGCUAAUGAAACAGCUCCCAUCGCACUUCAUAGUCUUCUGUAUUGUUGAUGCCCUUUCCUUUUACGCCAAUAACGACCAAGCGUCAAAAGCUGCGCAGCGAUUAGUAGCAGGUCUGAUCAGCAUAGCCCAAGCAAGCAAGACUGGGAGGAAGAGCCGGGCAAUUUUCAAGUUGUUGCUUACGGCACCGUCUAGACUUCGUACAACAGAGGUCGGUGAACUGAGUCAAGAACAAAUUCUUAAUAUUCCCAAAACUUUGCCAGGCAAGGGAGGUCUUACAACCAUGAAGUGGGACAGAAUGCUUCAGCAACAUUUGAAGAAAGUUUGA